AUGGCCAACUGGAGAGAAAGUGGCGAGGUCCCCGACUCGGAGGAUGACGACUUUGAUAGCCAGAUCACCGACCAGCCUUCUUUGCCGCCAACUCUCCAAGGAUCAGUAUCAUCGAAGACUCCGAUUGGGGUGAAGGAUAUCUGGGACAUUCCGUCUUCUCAGGAUGAUGAUGGCCUGGCGAAAUCGGACACUCUAACCUUCCAACACAGCAAGCAGCUGUCGGUUGACUCGUCUUUGUCGACACUGUCGCCGUCUCGCGCCCCCAGCGAUUCGUAUUACGCGACCCAACCUGGCCUCGAUACAUCGAAUGACCCUCCUCCUCCUCUAUCAUCAUCAGCUCUGUCCGAGGCGCCGGUGUUGUUUCAAACGAAAGAUCACUCCGAACACGAAAACCAGAGCAACUACGACCGUAUCAGACCGAAAGAGCUCGAUUUAACUCUGAAUGGAGGCAGCAUGGCCUCCGGCCUGUUAGAAUCGCCAAUGAUGAAGACCGAAGGGAUCAAAAUGACGAAGAGUUGCUGGGGGAAGCAGAGUUCCAACCAGAAACUCAGGAAUCAGCCUCCCAACAUUUUGGAUGAAGGGUCAGUGGAUCUUGACCGGAAUACUGCCUCCUCUUCACAGAGAUCGUUAGAUCCACCAAAUGACAGGAACGAGAGCAGCCAACGCAGUAUUCAUGACGACACUGAUAACACGACGUUGGAUGGGGAGGAGUUGCCAUCGUUAGAAGAUUUAAUGUCAGGUCGAUACAAAUUCGAUACGAAGAGGAGCACCAAACGUCGCGCCUAUCGGCCCUCAAAGAACCAUAGGCGGGACAGAGAGCCUCAUCUUGACCCUGUUCCUGACGGUGGAGGACCGAAGUUUAUUAUGCCACCAGGUUCGCCGGAUCCCAUGGAUGUGUCUAGGAUUGCUUCACGGCCAGCAAUCGGUCUAGGAGGAGAUGGGCUUGCAUCCUCUCCUAAAUCAACCACUUUGUCUCCAAUGGGCCCAACAUCAUACAAUCUUCCUUCCUCUAUCUCGCAAGACUUGCAGAUGGCUUAUCAUGAUUCUGCCGAAACCGUUGACCCCUUUGAAUCGUCAGAACAAUCCCAACUCGAGGACGGAAAUCUACUGUCAAGUGCGUCAUCUGAAAGUGAGUCUGACAUUGUCAACCAAAACAGUCGUAAGAUCAAAGGUGUUCUCCCCGCUUCCUGGCUUCGCUUGGAUCAGAAGAGCAGCCGAAACAAAUUUCAGAGAAAGAUUACCCGCCGACCACUAGAUCCCUUGCCAUUCGAUGACAACAGACGUGGUGUUGCACGGCGAAAGGAAGCGUCUUCGUUCUCUAAUGGUAAUGAUUUCCUCUUUGAGGAGUCUGAAGAAGAGCCCGUCAAAGUUCCAAACGACAAAGGGCAGGAUAGGCCUAUGCACAUACAAACAACUCUUGAGAUUGAGAUACGACAACCUUGCCUAUAUGACGAGUCUAUUAUGGAACAUGACUAUAUUGAGCCUCUUCUCGCUAGCCGAAAACGUCAGACGAAAACUACCGACGCAUUUAACAGUCAACCAAAACGCCAAAAGUGGAUUGCCCCCAAAGCCUCUAAAGCAACAGCACAUUCUAAACAAAACCCGCCAUUGCAUGCUCGAUCUUUAGGAGAAGGAGGACGAAAGCCAAAUGCUCGCAGACAACAGAAAAAUCCGAGGGUCGUUAAACAUGCCAAAUCCACUCGGAAAACCAGCCCAGUGCCUCGCCUCAGCAUCCUCGAUGUAAUUGAGCCUAACGCCCCGAGGUUCAUUAGAAUCGCUGCCCGCACCGUGAAAGGACGUCGAGAUCGCGGCCGAAGCAGCCCAAACGGGAAGAACAUCCAGCUCGCUACGCGGAAGGAUCACAUCGAUGCCAUAAGUGCUCUUCGGGAUUGGACCUCUGGGUCAAUCAAGCAGCGCACCUCUGUUUCGGUAGCUCACCGAACAAAGGCCAUGCCAAGAAAUCAUGUUCCUCUCGAUGGCGCUCUUUCCCAGUUCUCCGCGCGAUUGAGCAAAGGGUCUAUAGCAAAGCAAAAAUCUAACCAGCUAACCAAGACCAAACGCACCGCCAGCAUAUCAUUCAGCAAGCUUCGAGACAACACAAGAAAAUCUUCUAAGAACUCUGUGCAAAUGCAACACUUUCCCACCAGUCUUUAUCACCACACUCGAUUAGCUCAGCUGGAGGUUGAUGAUGACUCUGAGGCAGCCGGCUUUAGCGCUCGAUCCCUUUAUCAAGGAGAUCCUAGGGGCUCAGAACCUAGCUCAGUGCUGUCCAGCGCCAAGCAAAUACCUUCAUUCUCACCCAAUCGAAAUCUAACUUCCAAGACUCAACAACCCAGUAUGGCCAAGAACAAGCGAUGUCGGAAACACACUAAGCCACGGCGCAUAGAUAUUGAGGCCCCUGAAUAUAGUCACGCCAAUGACCCUUUACCGCCCGUGCUGGACCAAACGUUACGUGUGCCGGCCGACCAUCAGGCGCGCAAGGGAGCCAAACUAUUUGGACUUGGACCUUACGGCACACACCUUAUUGGCACCGGUGCCAUAGAAAUAGCUGCCAGUACCGAAUACCCACAGUCACUCUGGCUUCGAAAGCAGCAAGUCCCCUUCACGCUCGACGGCGAGAGGUUUCAGUGGGAGAGUGGACUUCUCAGGUUUCAUCUGAGCUUGGGCUAUUGUUGGAUCACAUUUACACCGGAUGGUAGCGACGCCAUUGCCGGGUCCGCCUUCCUACUGUCAUAUGUAAACACUGCCCUAAGCUUCACCACAGACUCGGAUUUGAAUUCUUUUCUUUCUCGUAUUCUAGAGGUGAUCCAAAACUUCAAAGCGCGUAUCAUCUCAAUCAUGGAAAGUAAAAUCUCCUUGGGAGAUUCCUCGCUCCAGCCCAUUGCACAGGUAUUGGACUACAUCCUCGUCAUUCUAUACCUAUGUGUACGGAUCAGUCGCACCGAUCCAUCCUUGCUGAGAGAGCAGUUCUCGGUGGAGAAUCUUUUGAAGUCAAGCGCAAGUAUUGCGAUCCGGGUUCUCUUACAAUUUGGGCCUCAUCGACUUAGGCAAGCGCUCUCUGAACUAGACCAUUUUCCUCGCCGAGCCUGUGGUCUCGGGUUUCAUGAUCUCGUGAUUCACUCGUGGGUUGUCACUAUGAAGGUUCUCGAAGUUGCACGAGUUCCCCCAGGCUUCAUUUGGGCCAUCUUUCAGCGAACAGUUUUGCCUCCUACAUUCUAUUGA